ACCUCCAGACGCGCCAUGGCGGCCGGGCGGCCCUGGCGCUGCGCGGCGGGACCGGGACCCCGGGACGGCCCUGGGAGCCGGGGAGAUGCCGGGGCCGAUGACACAGAUAAGCAUCUGAUUAAAAAAAAUGCUAUAAAGAGAAUUAUCUGUAUCGAGGGCAACAUUGCAAGUGGAAAAACAACAUGCCUGGAUUAUUUUGCACAAACUACCAGCAUUGAGGUUUUGAAGGAACCCUUGAGCAAGUGGAGGAAUGUUCGAGGUCAUAAUAUCCUGGGCUUAAUGUACCAGGAUCCUUCAAGGUGGGGGAUAACUCUGCAGACCUAUGUCCAGCUGACCAUGCUGGAGCAGCACACCAGGCCCAUGAUUUCCCCCAUAAGGAUGAUGGAGCGAUCGAUUCACAGUGCAAAACAUGUUUUUGUGGAGAACCUGUAUCGAAGUGGAAAAAUGCCAGAGGUGGAUUAUGCUGUCCUAAGUGAAUGGUUUGACUGGAUCCAGAACAACACUGAUGUUUCAGUUGAUUUGAUAGUUUAUUUGCAGACAUCUCCUAAAGUUUGUUAUGAGAGGCUAAAGACACGAUGCAGGGAAGAGGAAAAAGUCAUUCCUUUGGAAUAUUUAGAAGCUAUUCAUGAGCUCUAUGAAGAGUGGCUCAUUAAACGUGCACUGUUUGAAGUUUCCUGCCCAGUACUUGUUAUUGGAGCUGACCAUGACAUGCAGAAAAUGAUAGAGAAGUAUGAAGAAAACCGGGACCAAAUACUGAACCCACCUAACAGACAACACCAUUUAUAGAAGCCUGUGACUGUUGUAUCAAAAAUCAACUACUGAAUCUGAUUUGGUAUUUUUAAUAUUUAAAUACAGUGGGUAUUGUUUUUGCACUAUGCUUUGUAGAAUGCUGUAUACCAAUCAGGUACAAAUAUGAGCCAAUUCCCUUUGUGUUUUUAGGUUUUCCAUCAGCUUUACUGUGUCAGUUCUGUUCAGCUAAAAUAUGGCUAUUUCCCUCAUUUCCCACUUCACUGCUGCUUCCUAGAAGUAACUUUAAUUUCUUCUUCUUUGUUUUCCCCCAAAGACAGCCCUGUUUUUGUAAUUUGAAAUAAACAGUUUAUUACAAUGCCCUUCUGAGGGAGGGUACCUGA